AUGUCCGUGCUCGGGCGCCUGGGGGCCCUGCGGACACAGUGUCUUUUUCACCUCAUGACAAGUAGGAUUGGGGAAAAGUUGCCUGUGAUGAAUCUGAAUCUUUUUCCUUAUGAGGAUCAGCAAGAAGAAAAGGCCAAACCUACUGGUCGUUAUCCCAUUCCUUAUGUGAAAGACCUGCCUUUUGACAUUGUAGAGCUUAUGGAUGAGAUAGAAAAGCAGGCAGGAUUUUUACCAAAUAUAUUUAAAGUGUUGUCUCACCAGCCAUCAGAAUUCAGAGCCUUCUUUGCUUAUUACAAUGCCAUCUACAACAAAGAAACAGGCCAGCUCAGCAAAGCUGAUAAGGAACUCAUCAUUGUGGUGACCAGCCUGGCUGGAAAGUGCCUGUAUAAUGUGGUUGUCCAUAGUGCCCUGUAUAGGGUCUACUCUAAAGAUCCAGUGCUCUCUGACCAGGUCUGUAUAAAUUGGAGAAAGUCUGAUCUCCCUGCUCGAGAAAAAGCAAUGCUGGAAUUUGCACUUGCUGUUACCCAAGUUGAAGAGAUAACAGAUGACCAUUUCACAAAGCUUCAAGUACAUGGUUUCAGUCGAGAAGAUGCCUGGGACAUAGCCACCAUUGCAGCUUUUUAUGCCAUGGCCAAUCGCCUUGCACAUUUUAUCAGUAUCGUUCCCAACAGAGAAUUCUAUACGGUGGGCAGAACCAGCAGUGCUAACAACAAGAAGAAUGAACUUGAUGCUCCUCAGGCAUAA